CACCCUAGGUGUCACACCGUAAAUAUUCCGUCUUCGACGAUUUCUUUUAUUUUGUUUUCAUUAAACCAAAAUGUAAUAUUUUAGUUUUCAAAUGUUAUUUAUAUAUAACUUUAAGCUUUAUAUUUAAGACCAGAGUAGCUGACCCUUUUUUUUACUACUAGUUUGAGGCUAUCUUUUCUUUGGUUAAGGUGUCUGUGGGCGUGCGCCGGAUGCCCUAUCUUGUAGAGCUGGCUUCAUUUUUUUUUCUCUUUAGCUAUAGGGGUGGUGGCCGCUGUUUUGCUCCAUAACUCAUAGAGCAGCUCACGAAAGCAUGGGAAUGUUGCCAGGGAAUUUCUGAGUUUAGUUGACCUAAAGUCCGAAUUGAGUCGCCGCAACUUUAUUUUCUAACAAGCCGUUCUCCGUUUAGAAAGUUUUGAGUUAGCGCGGUCGACUGUUAGCAAAGACUGUUGGGUAGUUUCACUUGAGAGGAGUUGCGGACAAAGGACAAGCUAUCCGAGCUAACGUUAACUGGCUCUGGGCUAACUUAGCAUUCCUGUAGCUGCGGCGCAAUGCAGGCCAUAAAGUGUGUCGUUGUUGGAGACGGUGCUGUGGGUAAGACAUGUCUACUCAUCAGCUACACCACCAAUGCCUUUCCAGGAGAGUACAUCCCCACAGUGUUUGAUAACUACUCUGCCAAUGUUAUGGUGGAUGGGAAGCCGGUGAACCUGGGCCUUUGGGAUACAGCUGGACAAGAAGACUACGACAGACUCCGCCCACUUUCUUACCCACAGACGGAUGUGUUCCUCAUCUGCUUCUCUCUUGUGAGUCCGGCCUCAUUUGAAAACGUCCGUGCCAAGUGGUACCCAGAGGUGAGACACCACUGUCCCAACACUCCCAUUAUCCUGGUGGGCACCAAGUUGGAUCUAAGAGAUGACAAGGAAACUACGGAGAAGCUGAAGGAGAAGAAACUCUCCCCCAUCACUUAUCCCCAAGGUCUAGCUAUGGCCAAAGAGAUCGGUUCUGUCAAGUACCUGGAAUGCUCAGCCCUGACUCAGCGUGGCCUUAAAACGGUCUUCGAUGAGGCUAUUCGGGCCGUCCUGUGCCCCCCACCUGCAAAGAAGAAGAGCAAGAAGUGUUCUCUCCUUUGAGACGUCCUGCAGCACAGCAGUUAGAGGGGAUGUGACUCCUAGUGGGGAGCGCGGCUGCAUUCACAGGAGAAACACACUAGUAUGUAAAAACAAUGUGCUUCAGAUUCUUUCCUUCCAUAAGUGUAAUUACAGCUGUUUUAAUGAAAAAAAAAUCAACCUAGAUGUAGGAGAGGGGUUUGGACUUCAGAGAACCCUUGAUAAUUGUAUACUGUACAGACAAAGCUAUGAAUUUCUUGAGGCCUUCUAAACAGAUUGGAUGUUUUGUAAAAAACAGUAGAAUGUCUUCAUUAUAUUCUCCCACCGGUUAUCCACCUUUAUCGUUUACAAUCUUUGUUUUAAGUGGAAGAAAUGUUGCCAAAUACAUUCUGCACACACUGUAUUUCAAACAAAGAAAAAAAGGAGAACAGCCGAUUUAUUGUCAGUUAAGGAUCGACCUGCUCUUCGAUUAAUGGCGUGUUUGUGUCACAACUUUACUCUGUGAAAGCAGUUAUGUCGUCCCACUGUAAACAAAGAUAAAUAACCAUCUUCUCGCCUCAGAUUAUCCUCCAAACACUUUAAUCCUAAUACCUGUAUCUGUUCAAUCCAAAAAAGAAAAGAUGCCUGUAACGUUCUGAGCAUUUGAGUAUAUUUUUGAAGGUGCAAUUAAUUCCAGUAUUUACUGCUAUCAAUCAAUUGGACGUACCAAAAGUAUUCCCUCCUGUAGGCCCUCCUGAGAUUUUUCAGCUGUUAAGGUGAUUAAUGACUUUAUUCAAAAUCAGAACAGAAAUGUUCAGAUGUGUUGUAACGGGGGAGUAAGAGCACAUUUAACACUCUUAAGGGCAUUUAUCAAUUUCGUUUUGCAGCACAUUGAUUUUUUUGUAAGCAUCACUACUGGCUAAGCAAUGUCACAAAGAAGAGCAUUUAUGUCUGCCAAUAAAGGUAAAUAAGUUACUGUCAGUUCGGUGUAGUAAAGAGUGUACUCAUCUUUUUGUUAUAAUCUUGAUUUGAUUCUUGUAUCUUUCUUCAGACGUUACACAUCCUCACUGUACCAUUUCACUAACACUAUGAAUAUCUUUUUUUUUUUACUUCUACAUUUAACGCUACCUUAAUCUUCCUAAGAGCCUAGCUUUUUGUAAUUAAUGCUCUAGCAUGCCUGUGCAUCAUAUACUGAAAACUAAAUUUAGAACUGCUAGUUAUAUAUUUUUUGCCUAUUUACAAAAUGUAUUUGAACUACUAGAUCAGGGGUAAAGUACAUGUUGCUCAUCGGUAUUGUAGCCAGAUAUCAAACUGUGCUGUUAUUCAAGCCAAUGUUGUGACGUUUUAGUUUUAUGCAAUAAAAAAGCUAUUGUCACUUUUUGAAGAAGCCAAUAAAGUAAAUAAAACAUUUUUUCUCCA